AUGAACCAAAUGAAUAUGCCCGGGAUGAAUCCCGGGAUGGGAGGCCCCGUCGGCGGUGUUCCCAUGAUCAAUAACGGUUCGACGGCUCCUCGUAACGAUGGAAAUGUGAACAAUAUCCCCGAAACUAUGAUCACCAACCUUAACACCUAUAUUUAUGACUAUUUCUUGAGACGAGGUUACCACGACUGCGCCAGAGCCCUCGUCCAGGACGAUUCGUUCAAGCUGAACACCGACCCGGCCGCCAAAACGAGUCCGGGUAGUCGCGAUGUGAAUGGUAUCGACGGCGAUGCAAUGAUGACUGAUGGCAAGGAUGGCGAUAAAGUCAAGGUCCCUGACGAUCUCCCUCGACCUAGUCUUUCUAAUGAAUCUCAACAUUCGUCGUUCCUCCUUGACUGGUUCAGCCUUUUCUGGGAUUUCUUCUGGGCCCAACGCAACAAAGGGAAUCGCAAUGAUGUGCGACAAUAUCUUCAUCACACUCAGAACAUUAUGCGCCUCAGAGAAUCGCAACAAAAUCCGUUAUUACGACCUCAACCCAUGAUGCCUGGGCAGAUGAACCAACUAAAUAACAUUCGUCGGAACAACAUGGUUCCUCCAAACCUACAGAAGACUGUUCUACAGAACAAUACUGCUGGCCUUUCCCAACAACAGAUGGCUCACCUUCAGAGAAGCCAACAGGCCCAAAUAAUGCAGAUGCAACGCGACCAGUCGGAAAUGGAUAUGAAUGGACAUCGUCCGCAGUCCCCCUCGUCCGCAGACAAUGCGCCUUCCCCGUCGAAACGACCCCGCCUUGAUGGCGGGCCGAUGAACGGACAACAGUUGGCACCCAACGGACGAGGACAAGGACAAGGCAUGCCCGGUCAGCCGAACCCGUUGAUGAUGCAAAACGGACUCAAUGCGCGCAUGACACCGCAAGCCCAGGCCGCGUUCCAGCAAUCGGGUCCUGGGGCGCAACAAAAAUCCAUCCAGGUAUAUGCUCAAAAUUUGGCUCUUCAUCACACACGCUCAGCAUUAAAUAACCAGGGAUUGCCGAAUGGUAUGAUGAACCCCGGUGUCAUGCCAAACCAGCCGGAUCUCGUAGCGAUGCCGGACGGUCAAAAUAUGUACCCGAUGGGCAGCGAGUACUAUGGCACGAACGGUCAAAUGCCUCAGGUUCGGGCUGGGAUGCAGACGCCUGGCGGUCAGCACGGCAACCAUGCUCUCCAAGAUUAUCAAAUGCAGCUUAUGUUGCUUGAACAGCAGAAUAAGCGGCGUUUGUUGAUGGCUCGUCAAGAGCAGGAUAGCAUGACCCGUCCCGACCAGCCUCCCAUGCCCGGGCAGCAGGCUCUGCCUCCAGGCACCUCUCCCGGCAGCCGAGCGGGCGCAUCACCGAACCCGAGCGACCAGAUGAAGAGAGGCACUCCGAAGAUGCCUCAGACCGUACUUCCCGGAUCCCCGAGCGCCGCCGACGCAAUGGGCCAGAAUCGUGCCUCCCCAGCUUCCAUGAAUUUCAAUCCCCAGCUAGGAGGCCCCGAUAUGACGGGCCAAUUCUUCAACGGUAUGCGACCCCCUAGCUCUAACCCGGCCUUUAGCGCUGCGCAAAUGGGCCAGGCGGUUCCUGCCGGAGCGGCCAACCGUGUUCCUAGUGGCAGUUGGCCGCAGCAAGGCGGCCCUCAGGGCCAGCCCAUGGUACCAUCGCCCGCCAGUCAACCUCAGACAGGAACCCCACAGGAAAGGGGUGCAAUGCCGCCUCCUCAGGCACCCCCGGCGACAGGCCCCAAUGCCGGUCGUACACCUGCAUCUCCUCAAACGGCCGCGCCCCCGACUCCCCAGCAGGCUAAUAAGCCUGCACCCAAGGGGAAGAAGGAUACGAAAGAUGCCCGGAAGCGCCCAGCGAAGAAGUCGGCCACUGCUGCUGCGAACACCAACACGGCAGCUACUCCAUCGUCGGAAGCGGAGCAUCCUCCCACGCCCACACCCUCAACACCGAUUACUCCUCAACAUCCCAACUCGUUUAACAAGAACGGGAUCAAUGCAACAACGAAUGCUCCACAGCAACCGACAUCUGCACCAGCGCCUCAGCCUAUGGUGCCCCAGCAACAGCCGCAACCACCUCAACCGCCACAACAGCAGCAACCGCCGCCGCCAGACCCGAACCAGUCGUUUAAUGAUCUCAACACUCUUGCGGAUCCAUCUGCUUUCAAUCUUGAUUUUAGCGCACUGGAAAACCCGGAUAUACUUGAGAACUUCGAUUUUGACACGUUCCUUAAUACCGAUGCAGAUACGGCCGGGUUUGGGUUUGAUCCAAACAUAUCCUAUGCUGCAGACGGUGUAGAGACAGGUGCCGGCGAUAGCCUGUGA